AUGUUAAGUAGACGAGAUUGUGAGUUAGAAGAAAGAAGAAAGAAAAUGGAUAAAAUGAAACAACACCUAGUAAAGAAAAAGGGAAAGAAGUUAGCAUGUUCUUAUUUAAUUUCCAUCACCAAAAAAUAUCAAGAAAGUAAAGAAGAAUAUUUAGAAAUGAGAAACGAAUUAAAGAAUGAUAGAAACAUGCUUCUUAAAACAUUUCCAGAGAUAGCAGAGAGUAUUGGUAAAGGAUUUAUUAGAGAAGGAUGGGGAUGUCUUCUGAUGAAUAGUAGAAUUUGGGAGAGAGUAAGUCAAGGUCUUUGGAAAGAUGAAGAAAAGAGUAUUUUAGAAGUGAGUGAUGUCAUCACCAAUUCAAUCAAAACACACUCUAUUCAAAACAACAUCACCAGAAAACCAACAAAUGUAUUUCAUGGAAGGGUUAGUAUUGUUAAUGAAGGUGCUGUUAUAAUAGAUAACUAUGAAGUUGGUCAAUCUGUUUCUUGUGUUAAACAAGAUUUAGUUGAUAAUAUUGAAUCGCAAUUCCCAAAAGAAAAAACAAAUAAAAAAGUUAAAGAUAAAUAUUUAACACUUAAAGAUUAUGUUCAGACAUACUUAUAUCUAUCUAUAGUUGAAAAGAAAGAAGAUCGUAGAGUAGUUGAAGUUGAAUUAAGACAAGAAAAACAAAAUAUUAAAUUUGAAAAGCAAGGUACAUGUACAGUUGUGGAGAUUAACCUUUAUAAAGCUAUUGGAGGUCUUCACGUAGAAGACGAGGUGAUCAUUAGUUGUGGUGGGUUAAAAGGAAUGAUUAGUGACACAAAUUCAAUAGAAAUAAAACUAUUUCCAUCUUUAAUCUUUAAAUCAUCAAAAUGUGUAUUUGGAGGAAACAUUACUUCAAGUAGAGGUAAAACAGUUACUGUUCAGUUAGAUGAUUUUCUUUUUGGAACAGAGUGUAGGGAUGAUGAGACAGGUCAAAUUACUUGGAAAUAUCCAACAAAUGAGAAAAAAUGGAAAUAUGAUGAAAAAAUAGUGAAGAAAACAUCAUUAUUUAGGAUUUAUUUUUUUACUAAUGACAAAAGAAAUCCAUUUAUUAAAACACUUGAAGUAUUACAAGAAAGAGAAGUUGAUGGGUAUUAUUCAAAGAUACUGUGUUGUAACAUGUUUCAAACCCUAAAAACAAAUGAUACAAUAACUUAUGAUGAAAUAUUAACAGAUAAAUAUAAUAUUCCUAAUUUAUCUAACUUAAAUGAUUACCAAAUUAAGGCUAUUUACAAUGCUCUAAAUGAAGAUAUCUCACUUGUAAUAGGACCACCUGGAACUGGUAAAACUACAGUUGCUGUUUCAAUUGCACAAUAUUUGAUUUAUAACAAACAUAGAUUUUAUAAUAGAAAUAGAGCUGAAAGAAGACUAUUAGUUUGUGCAUCAAGUAAUAAUGCUGUUGAUGUUAUUUGUUCAAAACUUAUUGAAAAAGGAAUUCCAACAAUUAGAAUAGUUGCAGAUGAACAAUUUGAAAACUGUAGUGAUAAGAUACGAGAACAUUCAUUAUUAAAAAAAGCAAUAGAAUUUACAGAAAAAAGAGGAAUUAAAAUGGUGUCAAUAACAAGUUAUGGUCAGAUUAUUAUUAAUGACCCAGUUUUAGAACAAAGACAUCCAUUAGAGAAACAAAGAAAAAAUACAAAAACAGGUAAUAGUUUAAAUGAUUUGGGUGAUAAAUUUGAUAAUGUUUCAGAUGACGAAUUAAAAACAGUUAAUAUACGAGAGUUACUAAAGAAAAAAUAUAGACAAUAUCUAACAGAGGAUGAAAAGAGAAAAAAAGAAAUUUAUCAUGAAACAUAUUUAUCAGACCCAAGAAAUGAGAUGAAUUAUGGAACGUUUAAAAACUUUGUCAAACGAACUAAUCCAGAUUUACAAAAAGUUUUUGAUAGAGUCAAUCAAAAAAUAGAGCCCAAUGAGAAUGAGUAUAUUAACAAAUUCAUCUCAGAUUAUUUUGGUGAGAUAUUAAAUGGAAUAGAAUGUGUUUGUUCUACACUCACCAUUUGUACUCGUUCAACAUUAUUAAAACAAAAAUUUUUUGCAUCUAUUGUUGAUGAAGCUGCUCAAUCUCUUGAACCAGAAACAUUGGCUGGAAUUAUUAAUGUUAGAAAAGCAGUUUUAAUUGGAGAUAUUCAACAAUUACAACCAACAUGUCUUUCAACUGAGGCUAGAGAAGCUGGAUUCCAAAAAUCAAUGUUUGAACGAUUUAUGGCAAAUACACAAAUCAAAAGAACAAUGUUAAAAACACAAUACAGAAUGCAUCCAGCAAUUGCAGAAUUUUCAAAUAAAAUGUUUUAUUCUUUUAAAUUAGAGAAUGGAGUGGAUGGUGAAGAUAGAUUUGAUGAUAGAAUUAUUAAUUUCUUCCCAGAUUAUACAAAUCCUAUAAUGUUUAUUAAUUGUGAUGGAAGAGAACAAUACGGAAGUAGUGGAACAAGUUAUAAUAAUGAAGGAGAAGUUCUAAUAAUAAAACAGAUUGUUGAUGGUUUAUUGAAGAAUAAGGUUAAAGAAAAUGAAAUAGGAAUUAUUUCACCAUAUCAGGCUCAACAAGAACUUAUUUCUCAAUGUGUUUCUACAAAAAUUAAAGUUGCUAAUAUUGAUGGAUUUCAAGGAAAUGAAAAAGAAUAUAUUAUUUUUUCUUGUGUUAGAUCAAACCAAACUCUUGGAAUUGGAUUUGUGAAUGAUUAUAAAAGAUUAAAUGUUGCAUUAACAAGAGCUAAAUGUGGACUAAUAGUUAUUGGUAAUAUUCAAACAUUAAUAGGAUCUAAAGUUUGGAGUAUGUUGGUUCAUCACUUUUACUUGAGAGAUGCUUUAUUUGAAUUGAAAGGACAUGACUUUGUUCGAUAUAAUGUUGAAGAUAAUGAAAAAUUCAAUUAUCCAUUAGAAGACUCUCCAUUCCAAGUUCAAUAUGAAGUUGAUGACUUUAAAUUAAAUGAAAAAACUCAAAAAAUUAAUCAACCCACUCAAGUCAUCCCAGAAACUUUACUAAAACUCCAAAAUCUUAAAAUUAAAGCAACGACCAACAACAAUGAUAAUCAAACAUUUAAGGAAACAACUCCAUGCACUGAAAGAUCUAGUGAACAACAAAGUAAUGAAGGGUGCUAUGUGUUAUAA